AUGGCCGCCCGCCGGUCUCUAGCUCGUUCCAUCCCCGCUCUCCGCUCCGCUCCCCGCACGCCCGCUGUUGCUCGCGCGGCCUCUCGCAACACAUGCUCCCUCACCGCCACCACCCCUGCUGCUAGGCUUGCUUCUCGGGGCGCUAUUUCCUACCCUGUAGGAGCUUCUGCUUCCCGAAAACUUCAUGUCACAGCCCAACAUCUUGCUCCUGCUACUACCUCGGCAGCCACAUCAACAACUGAAUACCCGACAGAUCACAAACCAAUUGCCAAUCCCAUUGACACAGCAAAUUUUCUGAAUAAUGAAUUCGUGGCAUCUCAAGCUACCACUUGGAUCGAUCUUCAUGAUCCUGCUACCAACAACCUCGUUACCCGAGUGCCACAGAGUACCGAUGAGGAGUUGCAGGCUGCGGUCAGGUCAGCCGAGGAGGCUUUCCCCGCUUGGCGCAACACCAGCAUCAUCGCUAAGCAGCAGAUUCUUUUCAAGUUCACCAGCUUGAUUCGUGAGAACUGGGACCGCCUGGCUGCUUCGAUUACCCUUGAGCAGGGUAAGACCUUCGCUGAUGCUAAGGGUGAUGUUCUGCGUGGUUUGCAGGUCGCCGAGACCGCCUGCGGUAUCACCACCCAGAUGACCGGUGAGGUGCUUGAAGUAGCCAAGGAUAUGGAGACCCGAAGCUACCGCGAGCCACUCGGUGUCGUCGCAGCUAUCUGCCCUUUCAACUUCCCCGCCAUGAUCCCUCUGUGGUGCAUCCCAGUUGCCACUGCCACUGGAAACUGUCUCAUUCUCAAGCCAUCCGAGCGUGACCCCGGUGCGGCUAUGAUUCUGGCCGAAUUGGCUAAGGAGGCUGGAUUCCCUCCCGGUGUGAUUAACAUUGUGCACGGUUCCGCCCGUACCGUCGACUUCAUCAUCGACGAGCCCGCUAUUAAGGCUAUUAGCUUCGUUGGCAGCAACCGUGCUGGUGAAUACAUCUACACUCGUGGCUCUGCCAAUGGCAAGCGUGUGCAGGCCAACCUGGGCGCAAAGAACCACGCCGCCGUCCUGCCUGACUGUAACAAGAACCACGCUCUGAACGCUAUUACUGGUGCUGCUUUCGGUGCUGCCGGUCAGCGCUGUAUGGCUCUGAGUACAGUUGUUAUGGUUGGUGAGACUAAGGAGUGGUUGCCUGAGAUUGCUGAGCGUGCCAAGGCUCUCAACGUAAACGGUGGUUUCGAAGAAGGUGCCGACCUUGGCCCUGUGAUCAGUCCCGAGAGCAAGAAGCGCAUCGAGGAGCUUAUUGCCAGUGCCGAGGCUGAGGGUGCUACCAUUCUGCUGGAUGGCCGUGGCUGCAAGCCUGAGAAGUACCCCAACGGCAACUUCGUCGGCCCUACUAUCAUCACCAAUGUUACUCCCGACAUGAAGUGCUAUAAGGAAGAGAUCUUCGGUCCCGUCCUUGUCUGCCUGAACGUCGAGACUCUGGACGACGCCAUCAACCUCAUUAACGCCAACGAGUACGGUAACGGUGCCGCCAUCUUUACCAAGUCCGGCUCCACCGCCUCUCGAUUCCAGAAGGACAUCGAGGCCGGUCAGCUUGGUAUUAACGUUCCCAUUCCCGUCCCGCUUCCCAUGUUCUCCUUCACUGGUAACAAGAAGAGUAUCGCCGGUGGCGGUGCUAACACCUUCUACGGUAAGCCUGGUUUGCAGUUCUACACUCAGCAGAAGACUGUGACCAGCCACUGGAAGAGUGAGGAUGCUGUGAGCACUAAGGCCAAUGUUGUCAUGCCUACUCAUUCAUAA